UUUGCUUCCCUGAUAAUAAAUCAGCCAAUCAUGAUCAACCCACCCCUUCUAAAAAGAACACAAAAAGGAUGGAUAAGAGUCACAAGCACAUUAUUUUUCUUGUCGGGCUGAAAACCAACUGGAAAAAGACAGCUAACCGUCCCAACAAUGCAUGCCCUGAGGAUUCUCCAUGUUUUGCUGCUGUCAGUAGCAGUUCAUUCUAAGGGGCUGAUGUUCCAGCCUCUGGACUGUGCUGAUAUCUACAACGACGGCUCUAAGACCAGUGGUGUCUACAGGAUGUACCCUGCUGGACCCAACUCUCCUCGAUACGUCUACUGUGAUAUGGACACCGACGGAGGGAAAUGGACUGUGUUUCAGAGGAGGAUGGAUGGAACAGUGAACUUCUACAGAGGAUGGGACCAGUACAAGAACGGCUUUGGACACGCAGCAGGAGAGUACUGGCUGGGUCUGGACACCAUCUACCUCCUGACCCUGAAAAAGAAUUACGAGUUGAGGGUGGACAUGGAGGACUUUGACGGACAGAAAGCCUACGCUUUCUACUCCUCCUUCGCCAUCUCUCCCAAAGUCACAGAUCCUGAACUGGAUGGCUACAAACUCCAGGUUACUGGCUUUAAAGACGGAGGAGCAGGGGACUCUCUCACCUAUCACAGCGGUAUGAAGUUCUCCACCUUCGACCGAGACCAGGAAAUCAACUGUGCAGUCAACGCGGUCGGAGGUUACUGGUACAACGAGUGUUACUUCUCAAACCCAAACGGUCUUUAUACAUGGGGAUUGAACUCACAGAUUGGAGUCAACUGGAGGGGAUGGAAGACCUUCUACUCUGUGAAAGCCAUAUCCAUGAAGAUUAGGCCUGUGAACCUGUGAAGGUCCUUCACAAAGUCCUUUAGUUAAAACAUGGUUAUAUGAACUGCAGAAUAAUGGCUGGAACAGAGCGAAUGGAAUGGCAUCAAACACAUGGCAUUAAAACGUAAACCACUUUUGAUGCAUUUGAUACUACUCCAGCUAUUACGCUACAUACAGUCAGUACCACGAGCCCGUCCUCCGCAAUUACGGUGCCAUCAACCUCCUGUGCCUCUCACUCACCUGUGGUUCGGAAUAAAUUGACCACCCCAU